ACUCUCAGACAAGACAGAGCAGUCAAGGAGGAGUUCCCGGGAAACCCUUUGCAAAGAUCAGAGGCAAAGUGGGGCUGAAGACAGAGGGGUACCUUGCCCCGGGGAGCUCUGCGGGCCUCGAGCAUCGUUGAACACCUGGCCCUACAACACUAAGGGGCAGUCACCUCUGUAACCUGGCGGCCCCGUGGGAGACUGUGCCUGAAUUUCUUCACAGACCAUCUUCUGCUUCGACUGGAAACUGACCCUCCAAAGGUGUCCAGGAACACCGGAGUGAGAGGAUGGCUUACGUGGGAGAUUGCAAGCAGACGCCCUGGCUCCCCAUGCUUGUGGUGUCCCUGAUGUGCUCAGCCAGAGCGGAAUACUCCAGCUGCGGCGAGAAUGAGUACUACAACCAGACCACCGGGCUGUGCCACGAGUGUCCCCCGUGCGGGCCGGGCGAGGAGCCCUACCUGUCCUGUGGCUAUGGCACAAAAGAUGAGGACUACGGCUGCGUGCCCUGCCCAGCAGAGAAGUUCUCCAAAGGAGGCUACCAGAUAUGCAGGCGCCACAAAGACUGUGAAGGCUUCUUCCGGGCCACGGUGCUGACGCCGGGAGACAUGGAGAAUGACGCUGAGUGUGGACCUUGUCUCCCUGGCUACUAUAUGCUGGAGAACAGACCCAGAAACAUCUAUGGCAUGGUCUGCUAUUCCUGCCUGCUGGCGCCUCCUAACACCAAGGAAUGUGUGGGAGCCACAUCUGGAGUCUCCGCCAACUUCGCUGGCACAUCUGGAAGCAGCACCCUUUCUCCUUCCCAGCAUGCCCACAAAGCAGAGCUCUCAGGCCAAGGACACCUGGCCACAGCCCUGAUCAUUGCCAUGUCCACCAUCUUCAUCAUGGCCAUCGCCAUUGUCCUCAUCAUCAUGUUCUAUAUCGUGAAGACAAAGCCUUCUGCCCCAGCCUGCUGCACCAGCCACCCAGUAAAGAGUGUAGAAGCCCAAGUGAACAAGGACGAGGAGAAGAAAGAGGCCCAAGACAAUGUGGUGAUUUACUCUGAAAAGGAUGAAUUUGAGAAGCUGACAGCAGCUCCAGCAAAGACUGCCAAGAGCGAGAAUGACGCCUCCUCUGAGAACGAGCAGCUGCUGAGCCGGAGCAUGGACAGCGACGAAGAGCCGGCCCCGGACAAGCAGGGCUCCCCGGAGCUGUGCCUGCUGUCCCUAGUCCACCUGGCGCGGGAGAAGUCGGCCGCCACCAAGUCCGCAGGGAUUCAGAGUCGAAGGAAAAAGAUACUGGAUGUGUAUGCCAAUGUGUGCGGAGUUGUCGAAGGUCUCAGUCCCACAGAGCUGCCAUUUGAUUGCCUGGAGAAGACCAGCCGGAUGCUCAGCUCCACAUACAACUCUGAGAAGGCCAUAGUGAAAACAUGGCGCCACCUCGCUGAGAGCUUUGGAUUGAAGAGGGAUGAGAUCGGGGGCAUGACAGACGGCAUGCAACUCUUUGACCGCAUCAGCACAGCUGGCUAUAGCAUUCCAGAACUGCUCACCAGACUGGUGCAGAUAGAGCGGCUGGAUGCCGUGGAGUCCUUGUGCGCAGACAUACUGGAGUGGGCUGGGGCUGUGCCACCGGCCUCCCAACCAGCCACAGCAUCUUGAGGCAUGUACUGGUGAACUGGUCUCCUUGGGAUGUACCAAGGACCAACUGACAGCGGCCUGGAGCUGCAAGUCAUGCCAAUAGACUGCAGAGAGCCUGCUGAGAACAAAGGCCUUUCCAGCUCUGUCACCAGGGUGCCUUAGCUGUUCCAGGGACUAAGAGGAAAUAAGGCCUGUUUUCUGAUCUAGCCAAAGAUUACAGAUUAAAGCUGGGAUACUCUCAGUUACCCACUUUACCUCACUAGGCAGAAUGAAUAUUUAUUCAGAGCCAGUCAGCUACAAACUCAUUGAAGGAACUUGUGGUUUCUCACAUGAACCAGGAUGUGGGAAAGAAGGAAAUGAAGAACCUUGCCCUUAUUUUAAAGGAGUUUGCAAGGCAGUGAGGGGCAGAAGACAUGUCCUUAUUGUCAUGUCUCAAGCACUAUGAGGGAAGGCUAAGAAAAUGUAAGAAACAUUCUAAGAGAGGAAGGUGUCUUCCCACUGUGGCGAUGAAGGAGAGCAUCCUCGUGAAGAGAGCAGUUCAGUGAAUGCUGACCCCUCACUCCACAUAGUUUCAGAUUCAGAACAAGUCUGUUAAUAGUAGUCAGUGACUUCCUUAGGGUAACUGUGCUUAUUCUUGUGGUUACUGUAUCCCUACAGCCUUCCAGCUGCUGAUGGACGUACUCAUUCCGUGGCUUGCUCUGUCACAGAUACACAAGGUAUAUGUGUGUCCUGUUAGGGAGGCUGUCUGGUAGGCAACCUCUUUUAAGACUUAGAUUUGGGAACCCAGUGGUUUUAUGUUACACGUGAAUUGCCUUCCAAUCUCAUCUUUAGUCAGAUUUGACCCUUUUAGGGGAGUGAUGCUCAAGGACACAAGCAACUUUCAUUAUGUGUCAAGGUGUUUUCAUUUCAAAUAGAAUUGAGUGGUCAGCUCUACUUAGAAAGGGAAAUGAUGACUAGAUUUUUAGAAUGUCUGAGACGAAGGCAUGAGCCUCAGGGUGUGGGAAUAUUACCGCAUCUUCUGAGCCAGUUGGUGCACGUUGACCCUGCAGAGCUGAGAGAACUGAGCUUGGGAUUCUGAGACCCUGUUCUCACUGUGCCUACUUGGGCUGUUUUCUUCUCUCUCCCUAAGCCUCAGUUUCUCUUCUGUAAAUGAGAGAUUAGAGAUUAUCCUCUAAUCAGGAAAAGUAAAAUUUAGGUGAGAAAGAGUGGCACUAUGGGAAAGGCCAGGCCUUCUAGAUUCUCCAUAGAACUGAAAACAAUGUGAGUCAUCAAGUAAACUGGGAAUAGAAACAUAAAAACUCAGAUUUGAGGGGUUUCACUGUAAUUGCAAUGAUUCGGCAUACAUUUAGAGAUAAAGUUAAUGAAUUGUCAUUGUUCUUGGCUAAUUCUAUUACCACACUGGCAGUUGCCAGAGCUGGGAAGCCAGGGCAGGGCUCACGGUGGGAGGCUAAUUGAGAGUUCACGCUGUGCUCCCUAAUGACAGGUCUGCUUGUGAUUGUGACUCAAUUAAAACCAGCCUCUGACUUACAAAGCAAUGCUUUUAAAAUUGCAAGUUGCAUGACUGAGUGAAUGCUUUGGGGGAGGAAAUCAGUCAUAUGUUUAAAGCCAACAAGCAAUUUCCCACCAAUGAAUGUAGAACAUACUGUGAUAGGAUCAUAAUUAGGUCCUGAAUAUUUAAUAUCAUCAUUUAUUGUGUCUGUUUGCUGCUGUUUUUCAGAACUUACUUGCUACAUUCUGCAAGCUAAAUCCUCCAAGAAAAGCCUUAAUUAUCCUUUUAAUUUCUUUUUAAGAUGCUACGGGGCCACUUUUCUCUGCAUUGCAAUAAUGAUGAUGAGAGUCUCCCCUUAAUUAGGCUGCAGAUGUCACAUGUGACGGGCAUGGGUUCCAGGACAGUGGCUUGCAGCUUCCUUAGAGCAUUUUCAGUGAAGGAGCAGAGGGGACUCUUCUGGGGGUUCUGCUUCAUUUCACACUGUUGGGAAACUGGAGUCUAUCCAGCCAAGUUCACACUAGGUUUCAGCAACUCUCUGCCUGCUGUGUUUAGAGAGCUAGCCCUUCCUGAGUUACACAUCCCUUUGUCUUUCACUUAUUUGGGUUUUGUAAUUUAAUUUUUUGUCAUUUACUUAUUUGGAAACCCCAGGAAGCGAUACUCUGAUGAGCUUUAGGCAACAUUAUGGAAUUCAAUCAAUGAGACCUAAAGAUUAUCACUGACCCAAGCUAGAAUCACCCUCCCUCUCUGUCAUUUUGCUAUAUUUAAACACAUUUAAAAAACACCCAGGCUACAGCUGUGAUUCCCCCUCACCCCCCACCCUAUGAAAU